ACAACCACACCAUACCCAACAACAACCAGCUCCUACCGACAUGCCAACACUCCUCCCCUCAGUAAACUACCGUUGCAAUUCUCCUUUCUUGUGGACCCACCUGCACCCUCAUGUCAGGAAGGACACUACUUGCCAAAGUUUGUGUCCCCAACACCUUUAAAUGGAGACCGCAUCCAAGCAGAGGUCAACAAAGAAGUGGAGAUCAUAAUCAACGCACAAGCGUCAUACGCAACAAUACAUGAUAUUAUCAUCAGUGGCCCACUGAAUAUCACCAAGCAAAGGAACACACAUGGUGAGUUCGUCAUCAGGUGGACGCCUUUCGAAGAUGACCUGGGAGAUUUCUUCCCGAUUUGCUUUGCUGUUGAAUCGGUGACCGGGUCUGCUGCAGCCGCUACCACACAACAUCAUAAUCACCACGGCACCCCGUCUUCACAGUCUGGCAUCUAUCAGUCCGAGAUGAGAUGUGUUAUUGUAGAAGUUCGGAAGAAGCAAAUUAUUUCCAAUGUGAUCUGCACCGAGUCCACAAUGACAGUAGAGGUUGAGAAAGCUUCAUUCUCUGGACUCCAUGAGGACCAUUUGCGGCUCAACGACGCCACCAACAUCGCCUGCAGGCUGCAGUCCAACAGGACUCACGUCUUCGCUGUCAUCCCCCUCAGCGGUUGUGGCACUGAGAUCGAGGAAGACGAUGAUAACCUCAGGUUCAAAAAUGAAAUCACCACGUUUGACAACGUAGCCGACACGAUCACCAGGAAGCACCUGCUGGAGGUGCAGUUCUACUGCCAGUACCCCAAACGUGGAAACGUGACGCUGGGCUUCACAGCACACAGAAGGAACGUCACAGUGUGGGACCGGGGCUUCGGCACGUUCACCUACCAGUUCGAGUUCUAUCCCAACAACCAGUACCAAACCAUGGUGGAUCCAAAUUCAUACCCACUGGUGUAUACAUUAGGGAACAGGAUCUACAUGCAGAUAGAGGCCACCUCCUCCAUCGACAACACUGUGCUGUUUGUGGAGUCCUGCAGAGCUACACCAUAUGACAACAAAAACUACAAGCAAACCUACUCCAUCAUUGAGAACGGGUGUAAUGUGGAUUCGACCGUUCAGACCCAUGACUCCGCCCACCAGAGACAGUUCAGGUUCAGCAUGGAGGCCUUCAAGUUCAUCGGCUUGCAUGAUCAGGUGUACAUCAGCUGCACGGUCCUGAUGUGUGAAGCAGGCAGCCCCAACACCAGGUUCUCCCAGGGGUGCAUCAACUCCACAAUGACGAACGUUUGGACGCCCAAUCAUCACCGCAGAAGGAGGGAGGUAGUCGCUCAGAGUUCAAGGCACUUCGUUUCCCAGGGUCCUUUGCGCUUGAAGAGAUCGGCGGAGAGCAACGAAAGCUCAGCGCUCCAUCUGAAUCUGAACCUGGUUUUCAUCGCUGGAUGUCUUCUUGCAGCUGUUGGCAUGAUCAGUGCAGUGGCCAUGUACAAGGCCAAAGUGUCAAAGGUCAAAUACCAACCUUUGCCCACAUUUGAAAACUAAGACGGCACACAGAAUACCAAUUCUGAGUUAAUCACGUUUUUUGAUUGGGUUUGCCAUUUGAUAUUGAGUGUUUGUGUGUCUUAUGAACUUUCAUCUUUAUACAUGUCUGCAGCUUUAUGAGGACAAAUCUGUUCCGGUGCAAAGAGUUAACCAGCAAGCAGUUUUAUCAUAAUCAACACUGAAAGGGUGCAUCAACGGAUGUCAAAAGGUUUUUACGGCUAGACUUAAUUCAAUUAUGAUACUCUUGCUUCAAAGUCCCAUAUUAUAAAAAGGGAGAUCUUCAUAUUUCUUUUUUAAAUAGUGUAAAAGUAUUGAAAUGCUCAAUAACUUCAGUUACUGUGCCUUUAAACGAGCCGUCAGGAUCACAACUGAACAAUAAUUAGCGGCUACUUCACAUUUUUAAACUUUAAUAUUCUAAAUGUGCCCCAGUUUACGCCCAGGUGAAUAACAUCAGCUGACAGGAAGUGAACAUGGAACCAAGCUUUUGGCGUGUGACCCAAUUUACAACGCAUGUUUCAGAGGGUGAAUGCAGGUUUAAUUCAGACAGAAUGCAGUAGAGUUCAAAUAAAUGAUAAAAACAUAUGUUUUAUUAUUUUAAAGCAUGUAAAGAUUAACUAGUACAAACUAGUAUGAACCUGGAAAUGAGCGCGAUAUGUCUCAACUCAUCGAUCAAUAAAAAUUUGCAAAUA